AUGACCCAAGAUAUUAUGACUCAUAUAGUGUACAAUGCGUUAUUGAUGAUAUACCUUGUAUUCUUGAAAUACUUGAUACCUCUGGUCAAGGAAUAUAUAUCAUUACAUGAUAAAUGGGUCAAUGAAUGUGAUGGCUUUCUUCUGGUUUAUUCAAUAGCAAAGAGAAGAACAUUUGAAGGAAUAGAAAAAUUCCAUAACCAUGUCACCCGAACCAAGGAUAGUGUCCAAGUUCCAAUAAUAUUAGUGGGCAACGGAUGUGAACAAGCUAUAGGCCGUGAGGUAUCUAUAGAGGAAGGCGAGAAUUUAGCUAAACGACUUAAAUGCGAGUUUUUUGAAACUUCUUCAAAACAACGCAUAAAUGUUUGCAGAGCAUUUUAUAGCCUAAUUAGAAUGAUUAGGCAAGAUGAUGGCAUGAGUAAACGUAAUAUAAAGAAAAGAAAAACAUUUAGAUAUCUUUUUAGGAGGAUCUCUUGGUUAAUGAGUGAUUUGGUUUACUUGGCCGAUAAAUAG